GACAGAAAGGAAAGGGAGGUGGAAAAAAAGGAGAGCUGGAAUCACAUGGACUUGUCUUUCUCUUGCUGGGUCCUCCAUCCUCUUCUCUUUGUUCACACCUUUACCAUUCUCUUCCUCUUCUUCUUCCUCUCCACCCACUCUUAGAUUCCUCUUUUCUUUCUAUUUCUCUCUCUUCCUCCAUGGCUGAGGAUAAGGAGAUGUCUACCUCUGUUGUCAACGGGAAUGAUUCUCUCACUGGACACAUCAUAUCUACAACUAUUGGAGGCAAAAAUGGCGAGCCCAAACAGACUAUUAGCUACAUGGCCGAGCGUGUUGUAGGAACUGGAUCAUUUGGAAUUGUUUUCCAGGCGAAAUGCUUGGAAACUGGAGAGGCAGUGGCCAUUAAGAAGGUUUUGCAAGACCGAAGAUACAAGAAUCGUGAGCUACAGCUAAUGCGUGUGAUGAAUCAUCCAAAUGUGAUCUCCCUGAAGCAUUGUUUCUUUUCCACAACAAGUACAGAUGAACUUUUUCUUAAUUUGGUGAUGGAAUAUGUUCCAGAAUCCAUGUAUCGGGUCUUAAAGCAUUAUAGUAAUGCUAAUCAAAGAAUGCCCAUUAUCUAUGUAAAACUUUACAUGUACCAGAUUUUCAGGGGCUUGGCUUAUAUACACACGGUUCCUCGAGUUUGCCACAGAGAUUUGAAGCCUCAAAAUAUACUGGUUGAUCCUCUUACCCACCAAGUUAAGCUAUGUGAUUUUGGAAGUGCAAAAGUGCUAGUGAAAGGUGAAGCUAACAUAUCAUACAUAUGCUCACGUUUCUAUCGAGCUCCAGAGCUUAUAUUUGGUGCCACAGAGUAUACUACUUCAAUUGAUAUUUGGUCAGCUGGCUGUGUCCUUGCUGAACUGCUUUUGGGUCAGCCACUAUUCCCAGGUGAAAAUGCAGUGGACCAGCUUGUACAUAUUAUACAGGUGCUUGGCACACCCACUCGGGAGGAAGUACGUUGUAUGAACCCAAAUUACAAUGACUUCAGGUUUCCACAGAUCAAAGCACAUCCAUGGCACAAGAUAUUCCACAAAAAGAUGCCUCCGGAAGCUAUAGAUCUUGCCUCCCGGCUUUUGCAGUAUUCCCCUAGUCUCCGGUGCACUGCGCUAGAAGCAUGUGCACAUCCUUUCUUUGAUGAACUCCGAGAACCUAAUGCCCGCCUGCCAAAUGGUCGCCCAUUCCCACCUCUAUUUGACUUCAAACAGGAACUGUCUGGGGCGUCUCCAGAGCUCAUCAAUAAGUUGAUACCGGAUCACUUGAAGCGGCAAAUAGGGCUACAGUUUUCUCCCAUGGAAGGAUCUUGAUGUAAGCUCCAAGGGCAAUGUUGUAUACUAGUUCAACGAGUUAACGAGCGCCAUUAUUUUUUGUCUAGAUUACCAAUGUUCUGUGGCAUGGGCAGUGUAAUUCCAUGCCAAACCCGGACUGAGACUUGGGGGUGCUGGAUGGCUGCAAGUUGAUCCAUCAGUAUAUCAUCAUAUAUGUAUACCCUUUCGAAUCUACUGUUGCUUAAUCUGGUGGGUCUUCAGUGUCCCCAGGCAAAAGCAAAUAGCCUUAUCCCUUUGCAUGUUUUUUAUUGUAAACGUCUUAAAUGUCUUAGUUAUAGUUUUGGCCUCAAAUGGGGUCAGAAAUGCUUCUGAGGGGAAAACUAAACCCUUUCCUUCUGGAAUAUGGAAUGUUGGUCCUUUUUCUGAUGGCUGGUGGUGGGGUGGAUAUGUUGGUUUUUUUUGGGUUUAGUUUUUCCCCAGAGUUCAAAUGUUAAUAUGUCGCUGAUGUGCAACUUUGCAGACUAGUUCCUUGUUUAAAUGUAAUGUGCUUUAUGUUUCUCUUCAA